UUCUAUUCUUUUUUUUUUCUCACUCUCUCUCAUCGUUUUUCUCACAUCUCUAUUUGUAUAAUAAUUCAGUGUGGACCAGGGAAAGAGAAAUAAAGAGAGAAGAAUUUACGAAUAUAAAAUAAAAUCACAGUGGUGUGAGAUUGGUGUGUUUCGUAAAGUGCCCAUCCAACCGGUUGUAUACAUAUAUAUAUAUAUAUAUAUGUAUGUAUGAAUGUGUAUAUAUAUAUAUAUAUAUAUUAUCAUCGGUCUAGUGGUUGUGUGUCGUUAUACAGUGCCGCCAAACGAUACCACAACAUCCGAUCCCAAAUGAAGAGUUCGGAGCAAAAUGGUUAGAGAGACACGUCACCUGUGGGUUGGAAAUCUGCCGGAAAACAUCCGAGAGGAUCGCAUAAGAGAGCAUUUCAAACGGUAUGGACGCGUGCAGAGCGUCAAGCUGCUGCCGCGGGGCGAGGUGUGCCCUGUGGACGGAGGUUCCGGUGGUUCCCUCGGGGAGGGCAACGAGGGUGGUUCCGGUUCCAGUUCCGGCAGCGGCGGUGGCAGCGGGGGCGGCGGUUCCUCGAUUAACACCGGGGGCGCCUCCGCGACGGUGGCGUUCAUGGAUAUCAAGUCCGCAGCGAAGGCUCACGCGACUGAGCACACUUUGGACGAACGAGCCCUUACGACACAGUACUACGAGCCCCAGCAUCUUCAACAUAGAUUUCCCUCGCACGGAAGUUCGGAGGAUCAUGGCUCGAGUGGCGGCGGUGGUGCCGGAGGCGGAGGUGGAGGAGGCGUCGGUGGUGUCGGGGGUGGUGUUGGCGUCGUCGGAGGAAGUAGCGGGGGUAUCGUCGGAUCUGGUGGCGGCGUCGUCGGCGGAGUCGGCGGAGUCGUCGGAGGCAGUGGUGGUAACGCAGUUGGCGUUAGCAGCGGCGUCGGCGGCAGCGGUGGCAGUGGCAGCGGGGGCGGCGUUGGCGUCGGCGUCAGCGGCAGCGUCAUUGUCGGUGGCGGUGGCAGCGAGAGUAGCUUCGUCGAGUCGAGAAGUUCACACGGUAGCUCGCACGGAGGUUCCCAUGGGGGUUUCUACAGCGGCGGCGGGGGUGCCGGCGGUGGAGGCGGUGGCAGCAAUACCGGGAGCGGUGGCGGCGUCGGCAGCACCGGAAGCGGCGUCGUCGUCGUUCAAGGCCAUCCAUCGGAUCCUAACAGCGGUGAACCUGGUGGCUAUACCACGUGGACGUCCACCACCUGGUAGCUCUUACCACGUGACGUCGAGCAGGGCGAGGGAUCGGCUUUACCCGAGGACAGGCCCUUACGGCUCCGGGCCGCCACCCCCGCCCCAUUUAGAUCGUCAUCGGGCACCGUCUUCCUGGUCCUCUGCCUACGAGUCGACGACUUCAUCGAGAUAUAGUAAUGCACCACCACCACCUUCGCCGGCUACCAAUGAUUCCUACCAGGAUGAGCCAGGUGGCGGAGGCGGAGGUGGUAGUAGCAGCAGUGUCCACCGACAACACAAGAAGCAACGUAGAAAAUCUCGAAGCGGUAGUAGCUCACCGAGCGGUAGCAGUCGUUCCGGUAGCAGCAGUAGUAGUCGAAGCGGCAGUUCCGCCGGUAGCACGUCCGCCGCAAGCACGUCACCAGGAAGUUCACCGCAUCGUGCUGGAAAUGCUGUUGCAGUCACCGAAGAUCGCAGGCCACUGGCAAUCUGCGUACGGAACCUUCCUGCUCGUAGCAGCGACACUUCCCUCAAGGAUGGCCUUUUCCAUGAGUAUAAAAAGCAUGGGAAGGUCACGUGGGUGAAGGUUGUCGGUGCAGCGGGCGACAGAUACGCUCUGGUCUGCUUCAAGAAACCCGAGGACGUUGAGAAAGCCCUGGAAGUCUCUCAUGACAAACUAUUUUUCGGUUGCAAGAUCGAAGUUGCGCCUUAUCAAGGAUACGACGUCGAGGACAACGAGUUUAGGCCGUACGAGGCCGAACUAGACGAGUAUCAUCCCAAAGCAACGAGGACGCUCUUUAUUGGGAAUCUCGAAAAAGAUGUAACUGCGUCUGAACUCAGGAAACACUUUGAGCCUUUUGGCGAAAUUAUAGAAAUUGACAUCAAAAAGCAAGGCGCUGUUUCUAGCUAUGCAUUUUGUCAGUAUUCGGAUAUCGGUAGUGUCGUUAAGGCCAUGAGAUCUAUGGAUGGCGAACACCUAGGUGCGAAUCGUAUCAAACUUGGAUUUGGAAAAUCUAUGCCCACCUCUUGCGUCUGGGUAGAUGGUAUAGGAGAUUGCAUGUCAGAAAAAUACUUGAACAUGCAGUUCCAUCAGUUCGGUUCUAUAACACAAAUCGUGGUGGAUCGUGAACGUGGCCAUGCGUUAGUCUUCUUCGAACAAAUAAGCUGCGCUCAGGCUGCUGUGAAGGAAAUGAGAGGAGCCGCGCUUCGUGGACGUCGUCUUCAAGUGGAUUUCGCGUCCAGAGAAUGCCAGGAAACUUUUUAUGAACAUCUGGAAAGACAAGGAGUUGCUGGUGAAAAACCUUGGGACACCAGGCCUUCGCCGGCGACAACCUUCGAUGUUGCGAUUCAUUACAGGAGGGAGCGUAGCAGCUUUGAAUCAGCAGUUACAAUGUCAAAUUCGAGCGGUCGAUUUACGCGUUACGAUACACCCCCAAGAUCAAGGACAACUAGUAGUUACUCUCGUACUUCCGGUGGUGGUAGCACUCCAGGGGCCAGUCCUGCUCAUCCAACGGCGAUGUCGCGUAGCAGUAGGCGUUCCUAUCAAGAUUCAUACUACGACGGCGACUACAACGACCCAACGCCACGUAGAUUUCGAAGUUACGACGAGUUCAGCCAGGGAAGCGGCGCGAGCCACGACGAUUAUCAGAGCAGCGUUCUGAGCGACGGUAAACUCAACGAUGAUGAUUGUCCACCACCCCCAUCGUCUCGACGACAUGCCGUCCAGAGUGUCGUUACCAGCGUGGAGCCACCUGUUCCACCGCCACCUAUUUUACCUCCGCCCGAUAUCAGGCAUCUUCAAAAGGAGCGAGUUCAUUUAUUGGAACAGCUCGAGGAGUGUCACAGUAGCGGCGACGAAGUUGGUUUUGCACCUAAGAAACGAGUUAAGUUGGAUGGAAGUUCAACAACGAUAUUAUGCGAGGACGAUGAACCUGAAAUCGCAUCGUUGUUGGUAACUUCUCAUUCCGGUAGAAAAGGCAUGGACGUUAGACGCGUAAGUGACAGCAAAGUGGUGGUGCAUCAUAGUACGAGAAGAAGUAGCUGCGAUGGCAGGGGUCCUGGACCUUGUAAGCGUCGUCGAGAUACUUCUAGCAGACAUCACGAGCAUCACGAUGGAUCACGACCAGGAACGCCUCUUGUCGAUGAAAGACCUGAGAACCUUGUGCCGAGCGAGCCAAGAAGAUUUCGCGAAAGGAGUCACGAGGGUCCUCUGUCGUUACCUUUACCAAGGUUUGCGACUCAGAUGUUGAACAACAACAACACUAGUAAUAGCAACAACAACAACACCAAUAACAACAACAACAACAAUAACAACAACAACAACAAUAACAACAGCAACAACAACAACAACAACAACAACAACGGUAACAGCAGUAAUGCUCGGUCGAGUAGCAGCAGUCUGAAAGUCACUAGUCCACCUUGUGCCAGCGGGCUCUCGGUUGCGGCCAGCCCUUGUACGGCACCACAGCCACCAGCCUCGCCACCGCCUAGACAUUUGAGCCCCAGUCCAACGAGUUCCGACAGCGAGACGGCGCCCCAGUCUCCUAGUCUCGAAGAGAGAAUACGUUCCCUCGACGAGAAAUAUGAAAAGUGGUCGGGCUCGAGAGCUCUGAGUGCAGCCGGUGGCGAUGCUUUGGCAAAACUCGACGCCAGCGCUUCGGAACGUUUUAAAUUCCGACAUAAACUCCUUGACUUGGAUCUACACGAAGUGCAACCGUCGGACAUAGUGAAAUCCGUUCUCGCGAAAAGAAGUGUUUUCGACGAGGAUUCGAAACGACUGGAGAACUUCAGUGAAAAAUACGAACCGAAAGAAUUUACGGGCGUUAUAGGCGUCAGUUCGAUGAUCGGUAGCACGGCUGGGCUAACUUCUAGCGGGGGUUGCACCAGCAAAGUUUGCCUGCAGUAUCCAUUUCCUAGUCAUCCGCCGGUGCAACUGACUAGUACCUCCUCUGUGAGCAGUCACAUCGGUGGUAGUAGCACGAUGCUCUCGACGAGCAUGGUUCCGUUGGUAUUAAAAACGACUGAUCCACGCUCGACGAUGCAGCACAAUUGUGUACACCCAACCCCAGCGACACCGAUCACUCCGGGCACGUCGAUCAAAACCGUCAGUCCGGAAUUACCACCGGUUUCUUUGCCCAUCGGUCUUGCAAGUAGCGGAACGGCAGCAAGCAGUGGUAAUAGUAGCGGUUUAGGGUCGGCCAGUAGCCUUCUUAGUGGUAAUAGUAGUGUAUGUAGUAUUCACAGCCUCAGCGCCUCGACGAAUCGAGGAUUACUUUCUAGUAGUAAUACAGUUUUGAAUAAUUCGUCGUCGUCAGUGGCGAUAUCUUCGUCAACAUCAUCCUCGUCCUGUUCCACUUCCUCUACCAUUUCUUCUUCUUCUUCUUCUUCUUUAACGUGUUUAACGUCAUCAUCCUCCUCGUCAUCCUCCGCGAUAUCAGCAGCGUCUACAAUUUCCUUGUCAGCAGCGGCAACAGCAGCAGCUGCGGCGGCGGCGGCAGCAACAGCAGCAGCAUCCGGUGUUAUUACGGCAACGACGAUGAUUUUAACGACAGCAACAUCUACAACAUCGAUCCCUUCUACCUCGUCAGGCACGAUACAACAGCAGUCUUUAUCGAGCGGCGGUCAAUAUCAUCAAUCUUCCUUGACAACCGUUUCCUCUUCGGUGCCAUUGUCUUCCACGAUAUCGUCUACGUUCAGCACGUCUUCGUUAUCCUCUUCCUCGGUCGAUGUACCUCGUGCUCGUUUACGAAAGGAGAUUGGCAGUAGUAGCAAUAGUAGGGAGAGAAGAGAUUCUCGAGAGGGUAGGGAUAGUAGAGAUUCUAAACACAGUAAAGCGAAGGAUUGUCAGAGAAGAUCGAGAAAAGAGGAAGUUGAUCGCAAAGACAGGGACGAUAAAGAAGCUUUAAGUAACAGUGAUGUCAAUGAAACUGAUAAUCACAGUAGAGAUUUCAAAGAGAGCAAGGAAACGAGGUACGAAAGGAGAGAACGAGAGGAUAAAGAAAGAAGGGAGAAGGAUGAUCGGGAAAGACAGGAACGAAGAGAUAAGGAAGAUCGUGACAGACAGGAACGUAAGGAACGAGAGGAGAGAGAGAGAAGGGAGAAGGAUGAGGAACGUAGAGAAAGAGAGAGAUUGGACAAGGAACGUCAGGAGAAGGAUAGAAGGGAACGGGAGGAACGAGAACGUGAGAAGAAGGAGAGGGAGGAGAACGAAUUCAGGGAGAAGGAGAGGAGAGAGAAGGAACGGUUGGAACGUGAGAAGAGAGAGCGGGAGGAAAAGGAGAGGCAGGAACGUAGGGAACGCGAAGAAAGAGAGAGAAGGGAUCGGGAGGAACGGGAAAGGAAGGAACGUGAAUUGCGUUUGGAACGGGAGAAACAGGAGAAGGAACGUCUCAGGAAGGAACGGGAGGAACAGGAAAGGCGAGAGAAAGAGGAAAGGGAGAGAUUGGAACGGGAGAGGAGAAGGGAGGAAAAGGAACGUCUUGAUAAGGAGAGGAAACGUGAGAGGGAGGAGAAGGAACGUUUGGAACGAGAGAGGCGGAAGGAGAAGGAGGAACGCGAGAGAUUGGAGAAGGAAAAACGUGAGAAGGAGGAGAGGGAAAGAUUGGAGAGAGAGAAACACGAAAGGGAGAAGAGAAGGGAGCGAGAAGAUCAAGAGAAACGUGAGAAGGAAAAGGUCGAACGAGAGAAGAGAAGGGAUCGCGAGGAAAAAGAUAAGGAAAAACGUGAACGCGAAGAAAGUAGGCGUCAACCUACCGAUAAUCAUUUACAUCAAUCGGUAACGCAGUCUCAGAUCCAACAGGCUGCUGCUGCUGCUGCUGCUGUUGCUGCAGCAGCUGCAGCUGCUCCAGCCCCGGUACCUAUAAAACGUAGGUGUUCGUCCCAAGAUUGCCCCACCGAGGAUGAUACCAAACGUAUGAAGAUCUCUGAUCAUCGUAGAGACAGCAAAGAUCGGCCUAGACAAAAUAGAAGAUCGGAGGAUCGCAAACAUCGCAAUGACUCUCAUCGUUCUAGUCGAGAAAGUAGGGAAAGUAGAGAGAGCAAAGAAUCCAUUGGUACUGUACAAGAUAAUACUAGGGGGGAUACGACUCAUACCGAUGUUAGGGAAUCCAAUAGAGAGAAUAGAGAAAACAAUAGAGAAAGUGUUAAAGAGAAACAAAGAAGUAAAAGAAGAUCUGAAAAAGAAUCGAGGGAACGUAGUCCUAGGGUCUGUCAGGAAGCCGACAAAGAAUUUUUAUCGAGAUUAGAACUGUCCAAACGUAAUGAAUCAAAUUCACCGAACGAACAAACAUCUACGAGUUCUAAUCACUCGAGGGACCCGUCGCAGUUCCAUCAACAGCAGGCUUCUUCGAAUCAACACAGUGACGUUGACGAUGGUCCUACUCACGAUAUGCAAGUUGCGCGGCACCCUUCGGCAACCGAUACAGAUAGCGACGAACCCAAGAAACAUUCGAUAUUUGAUAUUGUAGACGAUGAGCCAGCUUACAUCAGUAUGUACGAUAAAGUGAAGGCACGUUCGACGAAAAAUAUGCAGAAAUUGGAAGAGGAGAAACGUCAAGUACGUUUGAAAGAUAAGUUUUCACAGUUGAAGCAAAGCCGUGCCAGACGAGAAGAGAAGAAACAAAGUACAUCUUGGGAUGGUGAUUCGGUUAGCAGCAAAGCUUUAACUGAGGACGAGGCUACGUCCGAAUCAGACUCGGCUAGAGCAAAGUCUUUAUCAAGAAAGGGAUCAAGAUCUCGAAUUCAUUCUGACACCAGCGAGGAAGAGGAAUCCUUUAACAAUAAAGUUCGAAAGAAUGUUAAAACGGAUAGAUUUCUUGAAAGUGACGUGGAUCUUGGCUUUGCCGAUACAGAAGAGAAACAAAAUCCAUUGGAUACCACCAACGUUGUUAUUAACAGUGUACAUACCAAUGCGAAGGAGGAUGUACGUACUUCUGACGAUGACGAAAGAGUCGCAUACCAAACGAGUCAUCCAACGAUUGUCGUCAAUAAUCACGAAAGAGAUUCGCGUAAGAAAUCACAUAAAAAGAAACAAAAGCGUCAGAAAAAUUCAGUAUCCAGCGAAGAGAAUUCGAAGCUCGAAUCUACCGAAACUACAGAUCAUAAAAGUAAGGCUAACGUUAUAUCGACUGAUUCAGAGUGUCGUUCGAAUCAUGCAACUGAAUCUGUAACGAUUAGUAGUAGUAGUACACCGACGGCGACAACAGUGACAGCCAUUGACAAUGCCGAAGAAAGGAUGCGUGCUGAUAAGAAGCAGAGAACGAAGAAAGAUAAAAGAAGAGAACGAAACGGAGAAGACAAGGUUAAAGCAAGAAGGAAAAGAUUGAAUAGGCAAGAAGCUAGAGAUUCGCAAAGAAUGGAAGAUAUAUUUGGUCCGCUUUCUGACGACGUUGAUGAUCCUCCACCUCCAGACACCUUCUUUGAUAGACUCAGCAAUAUGACAUCUGAAAAUAACGCUUAUGUUUCUGACAGCGACGGUGGACGUAGUCCAGUUCUUGACGUUGAAAGGGUUAGAAGAAAAACAGAAAAGAAACGACAGAGACAUCAUCAGGAAGAUGAGAAUAGCGUUGAUCUUGCUGAAGCUGGACGAGAAAUUGAGGCCAAACUUUUAGGCCUACCAAAUUCACCAAAAUCCGCAGUUGCUUGUACAGAGUCCAAUGAACACGACGUUUUCCGUUUCACCGAUGAUAAUGAUAGCGUUGAACCAUCUACACCGACUACCGUGCCCGAAAAGGUUAAGGAAAAGAAAAAGAAACGUAAGAAAUCGAAGGAAGAACGUAGUCGGAAAGAUUAUCAUCACCAUCAUCAUCAUCAUCACCAUCAUCAUGAAAAGACCGGUGAAUUACCUUAUCUUGGUGCAGACCCAAGUCCUCCAAGAGCAAGUAGUCCUUUGAUUCCGAAAACGUUGUCUCCAACUUUGCCAGCUCUUAGAGAUACACUGUUAAGUCCAAUACCCAAAGUCGUAACAUCGAAUACAUCAACGGUCUCAGCUAUCAGUACUCCUAUUGUAAGCGGUGUCAUUCAACCGCCGAAGCCUGAAAAGAAGAAAGAGAAAUUUAUACCCGGUUUUGGAAUAGAAAUUGAUGAAACUAUUCAUGAGAAUGCAGUUAAAAGUAUCUCGGAGCCUGAAGAACGUGAAAGUGGUUGUCAAUCUCGUAACAGUAGAGACGAAACGGAAGUCACUGUUUCAACAACACCACCUGUACAAAAUGAGGAUAAACCAAGAGUUGCUAUUUCUCAGGAAGAAACAGAAGAUGCUGUUGCAGCGUUGUUAGAAGAAACUUUCGGUGGUUCUACCGAAGAUUUCUCUUACGAAGGAGAGGAAGAGGACAAUGAGGUAGAUGGUACAACUGGUCCUCCAGCUGAAGCACCCCAAGAGGAUGUUGAGGAAAUGCAACAAGCAGUUGAAAGUUUGAAUGCAUCAGCAGUCGAAGGCGAAGAUCUAAAACCUGAUACUCCUCAAAGCGAGCAUGAUCUUCAAAUAGAUACAGACACUGAAGAAGAUCCAAAUUACGAGAACUUCGAUCUAACUCAACCACCAAAAACGCCAGAUAUUCCGUCGUUUUAUAAAUCACCAACAAAGACAACACCAACUACGAUGACACUUGCUAUUGUUGCAGCAGAGAAACCGGUGGAAGCUCGUUUACCACUUAAUCCUGUAAUUCCGAAAUCGCAGAACUCUCCGAAUUCAGUAAUCGCACAUUCUUGGAACCUCAAUGAACAUAAAUCUCGUGAUACAACAAAAACUGUACAAAUUGAUACGGUCGAAUCCGGUGUUACAAUAGCUAGUCCUGAGAGAGUUUCUCAAUCCCAUCGAACUUCAACAUCAUCGCCACCAACGUACAAACAACCGAUGUUGGGAUCAUGUAACGUACCGAUCGCAAAUGAAACUUCACGAAUUUCGGCAGCCAGUCCAAGACCAUCAACGAUUAGUGUACAACCUCUGUAUCAAAGACUACCAGUUUCACCUCAAUCUCAAAUGGUACCAAUGCGUCAAGCUUCUCCAAGAAUGCAAAAUAUUUCAACACCAUCUUCGUCUUCACCAUCGAGUAUAACACCUUUACCACCACUCGUUCCAUCAAGAAUACCACCUUUGAUACCAUCACAAUUAUCUCCGAGAAUUCCACAACCUCUUUCACCAAAUGGACAAUGGAAUCGAAACUCUGCAUUGAGUCCUCAUGUGUCCACCGUUGGAAAGCCUUCACCGCCACCAACUAGAAUUGCAGUGAGUGUUCCCAUUUCUGCGCAUAGACCAGAAGUAACAGUACAACAGAUCUAUUCAACUGCAGCAACUCAACAACCAGUGAUUCAACAUGCUGCUGGUUUGAGACCACUUACUCCAAGUUAUCCUCGAGGUGGUUUGCCACCAUUAACUUUAAAUAUUCCACCGCGUCCUUACAUGCCAGUACCACCAUUGGCGCCGGGCAUACAAGUCAAGAGUUCAAGAGAUUCUGCUGCUUUAGGGAACAAGUCUGUAAUAGAGACAUUACUCUCAGUUAAUCCAAAUGAACCACCGCAAAGAUUAGAAGAGCCUAAAUUAUCACCCGCUGUUAUACCAGAAUCUACAAACAAGGCCUCGACUUCUCCAAAGGUUCCUUCGCCUAAUCAACCACCUACGUAUAUACCUGAAACAGCUAAAAUUGAUAUUAGUGCAAGCACGUCUAGUCCAGCAUUUGGAAAGUCAUCUAACAUUACAGAAAAUUGUCCUUUACAAUCGAGAUCUCAGAAACAAAUACCAGUGUCCGUAACGGGAGAUAACAAUGUUCUUUCUCCACGACCUAAACAAGAAUUAUCCCAACUCUUAACCACUCAUGUACCACGUUGUUCUACACCUAGUCCUGUGAUCAUAGCACAUGGACAAUCUCACAUAGUUCAUAAAUCUAUGAUGCAUGGUCUGGGUCCACCAACAGUUUCUUCUGCUAAUCAAUCCUUAAUUAAAACGGUGGUACCAAUAGUAUCCCAACAAUUAACACCAACAGUACAAUCCACAACGAGCGGUGACAAAUGCAUCAUUCCACAAACAACAACUGUAUCUUUCUCUAGUUGUCAAAGAAUGUCACCUGUUCCUCAAGCGGCUUCACUUGCAAAGUCUCAUUUACCUGUUGGUCCUCCAGUCUCACAAUCAAUAAUAACUAGAGUCAUACCAACGACCGUGUCAACCACUGUAUCAACUACUUCGAUGACUGAUAAUGUAAGGGAAUCCAUAGAACCACGUAUAGUACAGACAGAAAAAUCAGCAGCAGAUUCUGAGUCACAAAUAGGACAGACUGCUCAACCUAUGCAAUUAACACCGCCGAUACAAUCAACCCAACCUAUUGAAAUUAUUAAACAAGAGCCAGCUGUUAUUAUAAAGCAAGAAGAUACAACGUUAAAGGAAGAAAUGAAAUUUACUAUCCCAAAAACAGAGCCACCUUUAGAACAGUCAUGUGAGACGGAUAUAAAACCUAAGGAAGAGAAACAUGAAUUUGUUGAAUCGGAAAAGUUAACGUCUUGCGUUCCAAAAACAGAAGUAUUGAAUAUUCUUGUACCAAAACUUGAGAAUGAGACAACUAUAAAAUCUGAAGUUGUAAGUGAAGUGAAAGAGGAAGAAGACGAGGAAGAAGAAGAGGAGGAAGAAGUAGUAACAAAAGAAAAUGAAGAGGUUGAAUUGGAUGAAGAACCGGUCGAAGAUCCAUUGAAAGAACCAAGUACAGAUCCGCUUGCUAUAGAUGUGUCAAAAGAAGAUCCAACUGAUAGCAAAGAAGAUAGUGAUUAUUGGUCGGCCAAGGAAGUAAAUAUAGAAAGUGUAAUAAAGAAAGUGGAUGCCUUGUGUGAUGGCGAAGGUAACGAUGGCGAUGAAGAUCUACAACAAAGUCAAGAAACUCACAAUAAUUCUCUGGAGACGGCAAAGAGUGAAUCCGAUUGGUUCGAAACUGAAACAACCGAGGAGGAAAAUAAAAAGAAUACAACAGUUAAUGACGAUCAAGACGAAGGUGUGGAGACGUGCGAGGCAGAAUUAACGAAGAGUCGUCGUGGUAGAUCAAAAGCGAAACGAGGUGCUAGCAGUCGAGGUGGAGUUAGACGCGGUAGAACCACUACUGCAGCAGCUGGACAUAAAAGAGGUGGAAGAACGUCUAGAGGAAGCAAACAUCAUGUUGCACAUAAGUUACCGUAUGCCGACGUUUACGAAUUUCAUGACGACAGCGAAGAAGACAAUCCUGGUCGUCCUCGUCUAAUUCUCACUAUUAAAUCUGGACCACAUACUACUGUUAAAGAAUUACCUUUGGAAGAAUUAGUUUCGCCAGCUACUAACACGAGGAAGUCUAGAAGAUUAGCAGAAAAAGAUGGCAGCAGGAAUACUGUUGAUGACGUCAUCGAAGAUGUAGUACGUGCAUCGACAAAUAAGAACUUAUCGAGCGGUAAUGUUGGUAGUAUACAUACUACCAGAAGAAGUACUAGACACAACAAUUCACCGCGCAACGUACAAACUACACAACCUAAAGUACAAGUUACCGAACCACGGAAAUCACCAAGGGGUAGUCGUAAAGUGACAAGAAGGACUUCUGAAAAUAAUGACGAUAGCGGAGAGGAGAAAUUUAUUAAAUUAGUUGUAACCACAUCGAAAAAGCUUGAAAAUAAGAAUGAAAACACUGUGACUGAAGAAUCUAAUCUAAAAGUGGAAGAAACCAAUCAAACGUUGACACCACCUGAACAGAAAUCUGUAUCUCUAGAACCAACAACAUUGAUUGAUCCAGUUACAGGAAUGUUAAUACCAAUGAGAGAGUCAGAGGAAGGCCAAUAUAUACCAGUUAGUACACCAGCUAAUCAACAACAAACUGCUACUAAAACGAUCAGCGAAAUUCGAAGUGCUAAUGUAACAGUCAAUGAAAGUUCAAUCAAUGAAUCAAUGCAAUCAAAAUCGUCAUUCGAUAAUACCAUUGUGACGGUUAAUGAAGAAUCGAAAAAAGAGCAGCCUGUGGAAACUGUAUCUUGUCAACCAAUACAAAAUCAACUGAUAUCGUCACAAGCUAGUGUUAUUACAAAGCCUCAAUCUCCAAUUAUUCAAGCUACUUCUACCAUUACAGUAGUGCAAUCAUCUACAACAUGUACAACUGUUACAACCAUGUCAACAAUACCGAGUGUAGCUCCAUCACAACCAGUAUCAACUUCUACUAUACAGAAUAAACCUACGAGUUUGAAAGCUCAUGUAUUGAAUGCAAGCAAAUUAUCUACUCAGCCUCAGCCUCAGCCUCAGUCUCAGCCUCAGCCUCAGCCUCAGCCUCAACCUCAGCCUCAACUUCAGCCUCAGCCACAGCUUCCACCUCAACCUCAACCUCAAUCUCAACCUCAACCUCAACCCCAACCCCAAGCUCAACCUCAACCUCAACUUCAGCCUCAGGUUCAGCCUCAGGUUCAGCCUCAGAUUCAGCCUCAGAUUCAGCCUCAGAUUCAGCCUCAGAUUCAGCCUCAGGUUCAGCCUCACAUUCAGCCUCAGGUUCAGCCUCAGGCUCAGCUUCAGACUCAGGUUCAGCUUCAGGCUCAGACUCAACCACAACUGCAGCCACAGCCACAGCCUCAAGUUCAAUCUCUGUCUCAGUCUCAGUCUCAGGCUCAAUCUCAAUCUCAAUCUCAAUCUCAACUUCAGCCACAAUCUCAACUUCAGCCACAAUCUCAACUUCAGCCACAAUCUCAACUUCAGCCACAACCUCAACUUCAGCCACAACCUCAACUUCAGCCACAAUCUCAAUCUCAGCCUCAAUCUCAACAACAAAUCGUUAUUACGAAGCCUGUAGUUCCAAUAUUACCAAGUCAGACAGUAGUGCAAAAUAUCAUUAAACAACCGACUCAAGCAAUACAAAGUCUCCAUUUGCAAAUUCCUGGUGGUAGAGUGGUCUCACCUAAUUUGAGUCCAUGUACAAAACAGGCACAAGUGAGUACAGGGAAUGGAAAGCAAGGACAACCAAUGUCACCAGUACUUAAUAAUACAGGUGUACCACCUAAUCCUAAGCAACAUCUGCUACAGGCAGCAAAACAGCAGCAACAACAACCAUCCACCAUAAUAAAUAUGUCUCAAAAAUUACCAAUCAAUGUUCAUCCAGCUAGUGUUGUAUCUGCGCCAACUCAGAGAAUACAUCAUCCUGUUUCACAGCCAGUAACAGCAAAAGGUAUAAAUGGGCAACCACAUCCGCUCAAUCCAAAAACUCAUUUAUUACAAGCAGUAGUACCACCAAUGGUAACUGGAGCAGUUGCAAGUCCUCCAACGCAACCACAUCUCGUUGGUCCACAAACUGUUGCAGCGGCUGUAGGUUGCCCACGUCCAGCUGGGCCUAAACCUCAAGUAACUGGUACUAUGGAACCUCCUAAAGUAGAAGUCUCUAUGUCUGGUUGCAUUAUGGUACCCACUGCAAGUCCUCAAAGUCGUGGAGUACCAAUACCAACUUAUGAUGCACCUAUGCAUGGGAGUGCAGGUACUGCUCCAUCACCGGGGGCUCAAUAUGGACUUGUGCCUCCACAUCGUACUCAGAGUCCUCCAUUGCCUCCACCUGCUCAUCAUCAUGCUAAUGCUUCUCAGAGUGACGUCGUGAAUCAUUAUGGUGGAUUAUCACGUGGUGCCGAAUUACCUCCACAUUACAUGCAUCCACAAGUGUUACAGUAUCAAUAUCUACGUGCCCAACAGGAAGCUCUAACUCCGCGUAUAGCUUAUCAUAUUCCAGGAACAAGAUCUCCUCAUUUACCAUUAGAUCCCAAAUUAGAAACUGGUAUAGAAGAUAGUCAUAGUCCACCUUUGGAAUUAAGGAGAAGUACAAGAACUCCUCAGGAUCGUACAACGGACAGUCCACAAGUUGCACAGGUUUACAUGCUUCAUGGAGGUACACGACUGCCACCACCACCACCUCAAUAUAAUGCUGGAAGUAAUCCAUCUUUGGCUGCACCAACUGCAGCGAGAGGAGGUUAUUAUGAGCCACCUCCUGCUCACUUACGUUCUCAAUAUCCUAUGCCAGCGAGUGAAGCACCAACGGACAGUGCAAUUACACCUGACAGGCCAAGAAAACAUCAAGUAGUAACACCACCUCAUGCAUCACAAGUACCACCGCAAGCAGAUUCAUUCCAAAUGUUACUUCAACGUUAUCCUGUCAUGUGGCAAGGAUUACUUGCUCUUAAGAACGAUCAAGCUGCAGUACAAAUGCAUUUUGUUUUUGGUAAUCCUAAUGUAGCUAGAGAGAGCUUACCUUGCAACAGCGAUGGCUCUACUCCACCAUUACGUAUAGCUCAAAGGAUGAGACUCGAACAAACCCAAGUUGAUGGUGUGGCAAGAAAGAUGCAGACUGAUAACGAACACUGCAUGCUGCUUGCAUUACCAUGUGGCCGCGAUGAGGUAGAUGUGUUACAGCAAAGUAAGAAUCUUCAAACUGGUUUUAUCAUGUAUCUGCAACAGAAACAAGCUGCAGGAAUUGUUAACAUUGCUGCUCCAGGUUCGCAACAGCCUGCAUACGUGAUACAUAUAUUCCCAUCGUGUGACUUCGCAAAUGAGAGUUUAGCGCGUAUAGCGCCGGAUUUGCUUCAUCGUGUUGCCAAGAUCGCCCAUUUGCUUAUCGUCAUUGCCACGGUUUGAGACUGGACAGCAUUCCGCUUGAACACAAUAUCUUACUGGUAUAUUUUCUACCUAUUUUGCGCAUCAUGAGAUGGGAUGCUACAUAAAUGGCAUGAAGCCUCUGGGGUUAUUCCAAUCAUGUGCGGAAUUUCUAGAAGAUAAGAGAAAGAUACAAAGAGAGAGAGAGAGAGAGAGAGAGAGAGAGAGAGAGAGAGAGAGAGAAAGAGAGAGAAAGACAGAAUGGACCAUCGAAGAAAAGUUUAAAAAAAGGGCUCCUUUUAUCGGAGUCUCUUAUCAGUGACAAUCAAAUGGAAUUCGGCGCGGAUCAUACCGGCCGAUCACAUAGAUCGUAAGCCUAUAUAGAACAACAAGGCGUCGUGUCGGGGUUGUGUGACGUAGAAAAAAAUAGGAAGAGAGGCUAGCCCGGUCUAAUUGAGAAAGGUAACCCCUCCUAAUCCUUCCCCCUUUCACCGUGUGUGCCUCCCUUCGUAAAACCGUAGAUAAGCAGAAAAAAGUACGUCCUUUCCGAUGACUUUUAGUAUGCUUAAUCGCUGACAUUGUUUGUGGGAUCGACCGACUUUAACUCUUGGUCUUUCUGACAAGCUGGUCACGCACAACCCCCUCCCCCCUUCCCUUCUCUUUUCUCUCGAUGAAAAUCUUCAAAUUCUCUCCAGGCGAUAUGUGAUGUCCACGAAAAAAGACAUUUUUUCGUGCUAUACUACUACCUACUCCUUCCUCUAUAUGUAAAAGAAAAGAACAGAAGAAAAAAGAAAAAGAAAUAAAAGAAAUAAGCAAAAACAUAAAAGAUACAUCAAAUAAAAAAAUAACUUCGGCGUUGCCGUAAACGAACGGCCAAUUUCAGCGUGAGAGUUAAUAAUAAAAAAAAAAAAAAAAAAAAAAAAAAAAAAAAAAAAAAAAAAAAAAAAAAAAAAAAAAAAAAAGCAAAAAAGAAAAAAAAAAAAAAGAGGAAAAUGAAGAAGAAAAAGGAAGAGGAGGAGGAGGAGGAGGAGGAAAAGCCCCUAUCGUAUCCCUCUUACCACUUAUACGCGAGCUAAUAAUUUUUAAAAGUAAGGGCUUAGACAUUAACGACACACUGUGUAAAUUAUAAUAAGCGAGCCAGCGAGGGCAUAACUACUGUGAUUUUAAUUAUUUAACGAUAUAUAUCUGCGUAAAGACGACGAAGACGAAGAAGAAGAAGAAGGAGCAGGAGAAAAAGAGAAAAAAAAACAAAGAAAUUAAA